GCUGUGUAUGCAAAAAAACAUGCCUGUUGUCUGCAUUGUAAUCGGCUGUUCAAGCCGUUAUCAGAGGGAUAAAGUGCGCUUUUAUUCAAUACCUGCCGCCUUAAACAACAAAUUCCUAACACACAAAAACGAACUGUCUGCAAAGCGAAGAAAUCGUUGGCUGACUGCUAUAAAUCGCGGUGGACUAACUGAUUCCAUAAUCAGAAAUCAAAGGGUUUGCAGUAAACAUUUUGUAACAGGUAAGCCGGCUGCAUUAGAAGACGAAAAUCAUCCUGACUGGGUUCCGACACAAAACAUGGGAAAUAUGGACUAUGCAGAUGUGAUCAAACAUUCCAAGAACGCAGAAAGAAAGAAGAGAGCAGAUCAAAGAAGGGAUUUACACCAUUCGAAACUAUUGGUGGAAAAUAAUGAGGAUCUUGACGCCGAGAUUGCCAGUGGUGAGACAAGAGCCGAUAUUUACGUACAAACGAAUGAUCUAAAUCUAAUGAAGCCUGAAACCUUGGACAAAACACAAAAUGGUAUGAACCCUGACAUUGGUAAUCAGCUUGAAAAAUAAAAUGAAACAUCACGACAGGGAUUUUGAUUUAAUCGGUGAGGAGUAACUAUAAAAUAGUUGCCCGUCUGGGAAAAUCCUCGAAAAUUCUGUACGAGGGCAACAUUGGAAUCGUAUUUAUCCCAAAGUCACCUACCAUCAACAACAGCACUUGGCAACAGUGCAAUGAUGCAAAGAUAGUUAGUUGGAAAACGUAAACAAUUUCACAAUUCGUGGAGCAUAUUUCGCAAAUCAAAAACAAACGUGUUAGUUCGCAAUGCCUCAGGGUAGAAGAAAAACACCAUUCAGUGGCAAAGCCAAGAAGGAGCAGCUGAAAAACAAGCGUGAACGAAAAUCGCAUCAGCCCUUUGUUGGGCAAAGACCGGCCGGCGCUACCGAAGAUGAAGCCGCCGCCCCAUCAAUCCAGAAAAUCAACUAUCAGCCAACCAAGGUAAGGGGUUCGCGACCCAAUCGGUAUGCCCUCCAGUUCUUCGUUGAAUCCAAGGAAGAAAUUAGGCAGAAAAAAGAGCAAGCCAGAAACACGUUGUUGCCCGUUGAAGACGAUGAUCUUGAGGUGUCCGGUGAGGAAUUCUACCCAGACAAUUUGGGGUUCCCGAAAAGGCCCCAUUGGGAGCAGAGCUGGUCCAAGGAGAAGCUCGAACAACAGGAAAACCGAUAUUUCCAGGAGUAUUUGAAAGGCAUUGAAACUUCGCAUGAUGUAAGAGAAUUGGGCUACUUUGAACUGAACCUGGAGACCUGGAGGCAGCUGUGGCGAGUUCUAGAGAUGUCCGACAUCAUUUUGUUCGUUGUGGAUAUCCGGUUUAGUGCCACCAUGUUCCCGCCCUCACUCUACCACCACGUGACCGAAGAACUAGGCAAAGACUUCAUUUUGGUGCUAAACAAGAUCGAUCUGGCACCCGCCCCUUUAGUGGUGGCAUGGAAGCACUACUUUGAAACCAAAUAUCCCUUGUUGAAGAUCUGUAUGUUUACCAGUGCGCCUGGAUAUAAUCUGGUGGGUCACACUGAAAACAAAGGAGGACUGCAAGUUAGGCGGAGAAGAGGCGCCGCCCAUAUGGCGGCUGAGGGCACUCAAAUGCUUUUUAACUUAUGCCAAGACCUAGUGAAGAACGAGCUGGACAUUAGCUCGUGGCAGCAGAAAAUCCAGGAGGAAAUGCAAGACGACCAACGACAUCCAGGCAAAGUGCACGUAGACAGAACAGUGGAAGUGAAGAACGAGACUGGCUUCUACCAAUAUCAGCGCUUCAAUGGGGAAAUGUUAACGAUAGGCUGCAUAGGGCAGCCCAAUGUUGGCAAGUCCUCACUAAUCAACGCCAUCAUGGGCAAGAAAGUAGUGAGCGUAUCCAGAACUCCCGGCCACACCAAACACUUUCAAACCAUCCACAUCACUAAAGAAGUCCGGCUUUGCGACUGUCCGGGGCUGGUGUUUCCCUCAAAGGUGCCCAAACCCUUGCAAGUAUUAAUGGGCAGUUUUCCCAUCGCCCAGCUCAGGGAGCCCUUCACAACCAUACAGUUUCUGGCCGAAAGACUGGAUUUGAUCAAACUGCUCAAGCUACAGCACCCGGAGGGCGACGAAACGUGGUCAGCGAUGGACAUUUGCGAUGCGUGGGCCAAAAGGAAAGGCUUCAUUACCGCCAAAGCUGCUCGAUUGGACAGUUUCCGAGCCGUGAACAAUUUACUGCAAAUGGCAGUGGCAGGCAAGAUUUGCCUGUGCUUGAGACCCCCUAACUACACAGAAAAUCAAAAGUUCUGGCAGUCGCAUCCAGAUGUUGGCACCGUCAAAUGGAUUCAAGCCAGGGAACUUGAUGAGGCAGCACCCGUUCCAGAUUUUGAGCUAUCCAGUGAUGAGCACAGUCAAAAUGACGAUAGUGGAAGUGAGGACGAUGAUAGUGAAAACAGUGCGGAUUUAGGGGCAAUUUGUCAAAAUAAAUUCGCAUUGUUAGAGGCGUAGUUUUGGUCCAUGUGGCAAAUGCUUUGUAUAAAAAUUAAUUUGUAAAAGGUUUUUGUCUGCUGUGAAGAAAUUAUUUGUAUAAAUUAAUAUUUUGCUUAAAACACAACUCUCAAACUUGAUUAGUACAAUGUUUUUUCUUUUGUAAAAAAAUUAUUUGUAUAAAUCAACUUUUUGUGUAAAAAUUGACUUGUAUAAAUCAAUAUGUUGGUUUGAUUGUAUUUUUUUCUGUAGGUAAAUUGUAUAAAUAAAUCUAUUUUGUAUGAAAAUGA